UCUCUCUCUCUCUCUCUCUCUCUCUCUCUCUCUCUCUCUCUCUCUCUCUCUCUCUCAGGGUGGACCCUACCCCGUAUGACACUUCUAAGCCAGCAGGGCACACGCGGUUUGUGUGUGUGUCGGACACACACUCCCGUACAGAUGGGAUCCAGAUGCCCUAUGGUGACGUGCUGCUCCACACGGGAGACUUCACUGAGCUGGGCCUGCCCUCUGAGGUCAAGAAGUUCAACGACUGGCUAGGUGGUCUACCCUAUGAGUUUAAGGUGGUGAUAGCAGGGAACCAUGAGCUGACCUUCGAUAAGGACUUUAUGGCCGAGCUGGUCAAGCAGGAUUACUACCGUUUUCCCUCCGUGUCCAAACUGAAGCCCGAGGACUUUGAUGACGUCCAGGACCUCCUCACUAACUGUGUGUACCUCCAGGACUCUGACGUCACCGUCAAAGGCUUCCGGAUAUAUGGGACGCCAUGGUAAGGAGGAAUGGGAUGACUGUUUACAUGA